AUAUCAUUGACAGCAGCAAGCAGUUUUCAAAUUGAUUGAUUGAUUGAUCAAACCGGGACUAGACCAGAGUUGUACUAUCGAAUCACAUCACGCCAUUUGCUGAGAGAUCGGCCACGUCACGGCGGAUCGGACGGCCUCCUCCUCCAGCUGGUCGACUCCGCAUUAUCUCGCCGGAGCAUUAGCUGCUCCGCCGCCCACUCGAAGCGCUUCCCAGCUCCUCUCUUCUUCUCCGCUCCAAUCUGGACUGUCGUAAUUCAGCUGGUGGAAUAUGGACUUCAGUAAUUUGGAUGCUGGUCAGAUCACGCUUCUCAGUUCGGCGCUCUGCGUGAUGCUGAGCAUGCAUUUCACAGUGCAGCUCCUGUCACAGCAUCUCUUUUACUGGAAGAACCCCAAAGAGCAAAAGGCCAUUAUAAUCAUCAUCCUCAUGGCACCCUUGUAUGCUGUUGACUCGUUCAUCGGCUUGUUGGAUAUACGUGGAAGCAAGGCGUUCUUUAUGUUCUUGGACUCUGUCAAGGAAUGCUAUGAAGCUCUGGUGAUUGCCAAGUUUAUGGCUCUUAUGUAUAGUUACUUAAACAUCUCUAUCAGCGGAAAUAUUGUGCCUGAUGAGAUCAAGGGCAGGGAAAUUCACCAUUCAUUCCCAAUGACGCUUUUCCAGCCUCGCACUGUUCGAUUAGACUAUCGUACUCUUAGGCUUCUCAAAUAUUGGACGUGGCAGUUUGUCAUCAUCCGCCCAGUGUGCUCCAUUCUGAUGAUAUCUCUUCAGAUCCUUGGGAUCUACCCGAGUUGGUUAAGCUGGACAUUCACAAUAAUUCUCAAUGUUUCUGUUUCUCUGGCCCUGUAUUCUCUAGUUCUGUUCUAUCAUGUUUUCGCUAAGGAGUUGGCCCCACACAAGCCUCUUGCAAAGUUCAUGUGCAUCAAAGGCAUAGUGUUUUUCUGCUUCUGGCAGGGGGUGGUGCUUGAGAUUCUAGUUGCAAUGGGAGUCAUCAAGUCCCAUCAUUUCUGGUUAGAUGUCGAACACAUCGAGGAGGCCAUACAGAACGUAUUGGUAUGCCUCGAGAUGGUCGUUUUCUCUGUUCUCCAACAGUAUGCCUACCAUGUUUCUCCAUACAGCGGAGAGGUCGAAUCAAAGUAUAAUCUAAAGAAGAAUGAGUGAUACGAGCAGAGAAUAUUUUGCAUCAUAUAUAUGCUGGGAAAGCACUUUCAAGAAGCAUCUAUGUUUUUUGCCUCAGAUAUGUAUGUAAGUUGAGUCUAUAGGAACGAAUAGUUCAUUACCACAACCUAUCUAUCUCGUGUUGGUUGUUGGAGUCGAAUAAAAUCAGGAUUUCAGUUGAUUAUUACUGCUUCAGCAUAUUCUUCAGGUAUCAUGUUCGCUCGAGAAUGUACCUUUAUGUAUAUUCGAUGAAGUUGGAAUGCUCGGUUAA